ACAAAAGUUGGAUCCCAUGUAUUAAAGGAUAUGGACAGCAAACUACACAAAGGUGGAAAUGAAACCUUUGUACAAGAAAUGAAACAAGAUGAUUCAAAAGAGAUUAUUGACAGUAUUAUAGAAGAAAGCCAGAAGGCACAACAGCUAGAUGAUGAUUCUUUAACUUCUAGAGGAAAAGAACUGACUGUUCCAACUUCAGAUGCAAAUGCUUGGAUUUCUGGAGCAGGUAUCAUGAGUAGUAUUCCAGAAGUAUCAGCUGCUAAAAUAUCGUUACAAGAAGACCCUAGAGAACCAGUGUAUCAGAGUGUGUGUAAGGACAGUGAAUUGGAGUCUGGGAAGCUUUUGUUUAGUUCUGAGCAACAGGAAACUCAUAAACUAACAAAAGUAACAGACGCAACUGACCAUAAAAUGGAUGAAACUGAAGCACAGGAAGAAACAUCAAAAAGCGAGAACAUAACAGACAAGAAAGAGUCAAAUACUUUAGAACAAGUGGCUUCAGAUUUAUCUGCCAAAGACCUUUCUACAACAGAAGAAAUGCCUCCAGCAAAACCGCCAAGGCAGCUUACUGUAGAACCUGAUAUAGUUGCUAGCACAAAGAAACCUGUUCCAGCGCGGCCACCACCUCCAAUAAAUGUUCCUCCUCCGAGACCACCACCACCUGCUCGGCCAGCUCCUCCACCCCGGAAGAAGAAGAGUGAACUGGAUUUUGAAGUGCAAAAACCUGUUUUAGAAGUUUCUCGAGAGAACUUCACAGCUGGUAGUCUUUUGGCUCCAAGUACAGUAACGGAGGGCAUGCCCAAAGAUUGUCAGCCUUCUUUGGAUUUGGCAAGUGCAACUAGUGGAGAUAAAAUAGUCACUGCACAGGAAAAUGGGAAAGCAGCUGAUGGCCAAACAACAAAUGAAGUACUUGGACCACAAAGACCUAGGUCUAAUUCUGGAAGAGAGCUCACAGAUGAGGAAAUUCUAGCAAGCGUAAUGAUAAAAAACCUUGAUACCGGUGAAGAAAUACCCCUGAGUUUGGCAGAAGAAAAGUUGCCAACAGGCAUUAAUCCCCUAACUUUGCAUAUCAUGAGGAGAACUAAAGAAUAUGUCAGUAAUGAUGCCGCACAGUCUGAUGAUGAAGACAAAAUGCAGACACAGCAAACCGAUUCUGAUGGAGGAAGGUUAAAACAAAAAACGACCCAGCUGAAAAAAUUCCUUGGCAAAUCUGUAAAGCGAGCAAAGCACCUUGCUGAAGAAUAUGGCGAACGUGCUGUAAAUAAAGUUAAGAGUGUUCGAGAUGAAGUCUUCCAUACAGAUCAAGAUGAUCCCUCUUCCAGUGAUGAUGAAGGGAUGCCGUAUACAAGACCAGUUAAGUUCAAAGCAGCCCACGGCUUCAAGGGACCUUAUGAUUUUGAACAAAUAAAAGUUGUUCAGGAUCUCAGUGGAGAACAUAUGGUAGGUUUCAAAUUUCAGCUGUGAUUUUGCUGAAUCUGUUCAG